CCUCUCUAAAGAAAUGUUAAUGUUAUAUAAACCUUUUUCUGGUUGCCCUCUGCUGCCUUUCACUUCUCCUGUGUGUCUGUCUGCCACCCCUUUCCUGUUUGCUCAGUAACAGGUUUCCAUCUCUAUUUCUAUGUUCUGUUUCAUUUGCUAAACAGGGAAGCGCUUUAUAAGAAUCUCUGAGCGACAGUUUUUCUUGAGGACUUCGGAAUCACCAGAGCUACAGGGUCGUAAUAUCUUCCCUGCAAUCAGGAAAGCUUGAAUUUUCAAGUGAUGGAGCACAAUGAGACAGUGAUGGAGCACAAUGAGACAGGAUGCCAAGUUCCUCCUGAAGCUCCAAAGCUUUGUGCCAAUGGAUGUGGAUUUUUUGGAACUGCAGCUACCAUGAACUUGUGUUCCAAGUGCCACAAGGACUUCAUAUUGAAUCAAGAGAAGGCUAGACUUGCUUUGUCAUCUCCUGUGUGUAUUAUGGAUGGGAGCUCCAGCAACACUGGGAAUGAGCCUGUUGCCCUAGAUCUGCAAGCUAGUUCAGCAGAGUCUAUGCUCAGCUCAACGCUGGCAUCUUCGGACUCGGUUCUGAACACAGAUAGUGAUACAGUGGUGAAAGCAACUCCAAAUAGGUGCGGCACUUGCAGGAAACGCAUUGGUUUAACUGGCUUUAAUUGUCGAUGCGGAAACGUAUUCUGUUCACUUCAUCGCUACUCGGACAAACAUGAUUGUACCCAUGAUUAUCAAACUGCUGCGCGGGAUGCUAUAGCCAAGGCCAACCCAAUUGUCAAGGCUGAAAAGCUGGAUAAAAUCUGAGCCUCGGACUCCUUCAGAAGGUGCCAUCGGUUUUCCGUGGACAAGCACUUGCACUUUUUUACAUUAAGAUGUCAUAAGUCUUGAAAGGUUUGUAUGAUUCGACAUCUUUCUUGCUAAUAGCCUUCUAGGUCCGAAAUAUUUAUAUUGAGGAUGUUGUGUCCCUUUACCCUGCUUUUCUGCAGGCUGCCUUUGAUUGACAGUGCAUGGAAUGGUUAGUUUGUAGUUGGGUGUUUUUUGUUAAAAACAAAAUUUCGGUAUUGCAUAUUUUAAUCAUCUUUGCAUCUCA